AAACAACGUGGAUGGUUUGAACUCAUUGGUCGACUACGUAAACUGUUUCCUUUUCUUUGGCCACAAGAAACUUACUUGCGCUUUUUAGUUGUGGUUUGCUUUACUCUGCUUAUUCUUGGUCGUGUUGUUAAUAUCCUUGUUCCCGAAACCUACAAGCGUUUGGUCAAUGCACUUACUCUUUCAACAGAAUCUCACAACUUUAUCCCUGAUGGUCUUGCAAACCAAGUCUCUGAUCAUCCAUACUUUGCAUGGGGACUGGUUCUGCUUUAUACAUUUUUCAGAUUUUUACAAGGAAACGUGGGUCUGUUAAUGUCCCUUCAAUCACUUUUAUGGAUUCCUGUUGGGCAAUCUACAUCCCGUCAAACAAGUGUAAAGAUGCUUGCUCAUCUUCACUCUUUAUCCUUACAAUUUCACAUUUCUCGAAAAACUGGCGAUCUUUUACGAGUCGUAGAUCGUGGCACAACCUCAAUCAGCUCACUUCUCUCUUACAUCAUUUUCAACAUUUUCCCUGUCUUUGUCGAUAUCGGUCUUGCUGUUAUUUACUUUGCUUUUACAUUUGAAAUGUCUAUUGCCAUCAUUGUCUUGGUAACCAUGGUACUGUAUAUUGCUGUCACCAUCUGGAUCACAGAAUGGCGAACUCAGUUUCGUCGUGAAAUGAAUGAUUUGGAUGGUGCAUCGCGUGCUCGCGCUGUCGACUCUCUUCUCAACUUUGAAACCGUCAAAUACUUUGGCAACGAAGCAUGGGAAGUCAAUGAAUACGAUCAAGCAAUCAGAAUGUAUCAAAAUGCAGACUGGAGAUCCAAUGCCAGUCUCAAUCUACUCAACACUGCACAAAAUAUCGUCAUUACUUUGGGUUUGUUUGCUGGCUUGAUGGUCUGUGCUGGCAGAGUGGUUGAUGGUGCAUUGAGUGUAGGUGAUUUUGUUGCAUUCAUUGCAUACCUGCUUCAACUCUAUCAACCCUUGAACUGGUUUGGAACCUACUACCGUGUCAUUCAGCAAAACUUUAUCGAUAUGGAAAAAAUGCUCGAAUUGUUUGAUAUUGAUCAGGCUGUCGAAGACUCUGCUAAUGCUACUGUGUUGGAUGUUUCACAUGGAGGUGCUGUUGAAUUCAAAAACGUCUCGUAUGCAUACACUGCAGAUACUCCAAUUCUUAACAAUGUGUCGUUUUCCGUUCCAUUUGGAAAAACUGUUGCUCUUGUUGGUCCUUCUGGAGGUGGAAAGAGCACCGUUCUUCGCCUGUUGUUUAGAUUCGAUGAUGUAAAACAAGGAUCUAUCUGCAUUGAUGGUCAAGAUAUUCGCCAUGUCACUCAAGUCUCACUUCGUCAGCAAAUCGGUGUUGUUCCUCAGGAUACGGUGCUCUUUAAUGACACGAUUUUGUACAAUAUUCGAUAUGGAAAAAUUGAUGCGACAGAUGAAGAGGUGUUUGCAGCCGCCAAAGCCGCUCAAAUUCACGAUCGCAUCUUGUCUUUUCCCAAAGGGUAUGACACCAAGGUCGGUGAACGAGGUUUGCGACUCAGUGGUGGAGAAAAACAACGUGUGGCCAUUGCUCGUACGAUGCUUAAACACCCAUGCAUUAUGCUACUGGAUGAAGCCACUUCGGCACUAGACAACCAAACUGAAAGACAGGUUCAAGAAUCGUUACAUCUUCUUCGAUCACAAGGAAAAAUGACAAUGUUAGUCGUUGCACAUCGACUUAGCACCAUUGUAGACGCAGAUCAGAUUCUGGUGAUCAAAAAUGGGCAAGUGGUUGAACGUGGUACACAUGAAGAAUUGAUU